AUGAAUACGCCGCAUUUCCAACAUAGUUCCCAAGCUGAUGGUGAGACCCAAGGCAGUCCACUAUCCUUGGAGAAUCGGGCACUUACAACAGGAGCUUCCAUCACUCAGGAGUUUCGCCCAUUAAAGACUGUUUGCGCGCACCUGAAUGCCUUUCACGCCUAUGCAAAUGAUCCAAAGCGACAACCCAUAGAAGCGAACCACUAUUGUGCCCAAUUAAAUGAUGAUUUUCGACAGUGCAUUUUAUAUGACUCCGAUGGGCCCAAUGCCCGCUUAAUUGGUAUCGAGUAUAUGAUAACUGAGAAGCUGUUUGAGACACUCCCGAAAGAAGAGCGCCGCCUUUGGCAUUCCCAUGUGUAUGAGGUAAAGAGCGGUAUGCUCAUUAUGCCAAAUAAUGUGGUACCAAGUUCGGUUUGGGAGGUGGCGGAGAACAAGGAAAUGGCCCAAGUUGUUCAUCUAUACGGCAAAGUGUACCAUUUGUGGCAAACAGACCAGGGCCAUACCUUGCCCCUGGGCGAGCCACAGCUGAUGACAAGCUAUACAGCUGACCAUCAAUUUGAUUUUGAGAGGCACGUUGGGGAUCGGGACAGAAGAUUCGAUACUGACUAUAAGAGGAAGGCAGAGCUGAGGGCAGAAAUUGAGGCGCCAGCUACCCAUCCAGAUGCGGACCAAGCAUGGAAAAAUGGAGACUAA